AUGAUUGCCUGGAAUCUUCGAGGUUUUGGUAAAAAAUCUGCUAAUAAGGAGCUUAGUUUACUAUGUAAGAAUGUCAACCCUGACAUUAUUUUCCUCUCUGAGACUAAAAUGAAUAAAGACAUGGCGGCUAGAAAAUUAAGAAACAUGGGAUUUCCUUGUACUUUUAACAUACCCUGUGUUGGUAAAAGUGGUGGUCUUGCUCUUGCUUGGAAGAAGGAAGUUCAUCUCAAUAUUAUUUCAUCCAGUAUAAGGGGAGAUUUUAAUGCUCUUCUAGGAAUUGAAGAUAAAAAUGGUGGUCUUGAAGUAGAUGACCCUGAUUUUGAAAAUCUUAGAAAUUUCUGUUUGGUCUUUAAUCUGCACGAUCUUGUUUUUUCUGGACCCAGAUUUACUUGGUCUAAUAUGCAACAAGGUCCUGAUUUAAUCCUUGAAAGGGACUCUUCUGAUCAUUGCCCCAUGCAUAUAGGAUUUAACUAUCAAGAUACUUGUAUGCCGAGACCUUUACAUUUUAUGGCCAUGUGGAUAGAGGAUCCUACUUGCAGAGACAUUAUAGCUAACUCUUGGUCUGUCAAUGUGGUAGGCUCCCCUGCCUACAAACUUAAAGCUAAACUCUUAAGUACUAAGAAAGGCCUAAGAGAUUGGAAUAAGUCUUCCUUUGGUAAUAUUCAAACUAAUAUAUCUACCAUUAGGAAAGAUUUAGUUGACAUCCAUAUUUCUAAUCCAACUGAUACUAGUAAUACUUCUAGACUUAAAGCUAGGUUGGAGUAUCUGUAUAAUUUGGAGGAGCUAUAUUGGAAGGACAAAUCUAGAGAAGUCUGGCUCUUGGAAGGUGACAGAAAUUCACCAUAUUUUCACAGAGUAACUCUCUUUAGAAGAAAAGGAAAUGCCAUUAGCUGGAUAAAGAACUCUUUGAAUAUUAUUUUAACUGAUAGAGAUAGUAUUGGAAAUUCUUUUAUAGAUUAUUUCAAUAGUCUUUAUUCCUCCCAUCCUCAACAAUUUCAAGAUGAAAUUCUUGCUGAUCUUCCUGUUAAGUUCUCUGAAGAUGACAAUGCAUCCUUAAAUUUGCCUCUGACUCCAGAGGAAAUUUAA